AUGGCAGCUCCCUCUGGUUGUUCUGCAUCAGUACCUUCACUGCCACCACCGUGCCCAAAGUCGCCUCCACAGUAUCCAGAUUUGUAUGGGAAGCGCAGAGAAACAGCCAGGGUUCAGAUGCUUGAGAGGGAGAUUGGUUUUCUUGAGGAGGAACUUAAAUCUGUUGAACGCCUUCAACCUUCUUCAAGAUGCUGCAAAGAGGUUGCUGAUUUUGUGGCUGCAAACCCAGAUCCAUUAAUACCUACGAACCGGAAGAAACGCCGGUCAUGUCGCUUCUGGAAAUGGCUUUGUGUAACUGUAAUCCGUGUGCCUGCUGCUGUCCGCUUCCAAAGUGGCGAUGUGGCUGCUCAUGUCCCCGGUCCAGCUGUCUAUGUCCCUGGUCCAGCUGCUCAUGUCCCAGGUCCAGCUGCUCAUGUCCCCGGUCCAGCUGCUGCAAAAAUAUUUCCUGCAGCAAAAAUUGUUGCAUUUUUCCGUCGUGUUCAUGUCCUGAUUGCUCUUGUAGCAAUUGUUUCAAAUGGAAAUGCUCUUGUCCUAAAUGUCCAAAGUUACGGCCUUGCUGCUGUUGUAGAAUAUCCUGUUGUUGUAACCCCUGCAGUACAUGUUUGUAGUAUUGAUGCUUGA